AGUAUCAUGACCUUUUACAAUGUUUCCUAUUUUGUGAAAUUCAGGACAGGUUACCUUGGCUUUCGAAAAGAAAUUAAGAAAAACAUUUUGUUCAAUGUCAGUGGUGCCAUGAAACCUGGUCUUAAUGCAAUUCUGGGACCCACUGGCUGUGGCAAAUCUUCGCUAUUGGACAUUUUAUCUACGAGGAAAGAUCCCCAGGGGCUUUCUGGGGAUAUUUUGUUAGAUGGCAUGGGCCUGCCAACACAUUUUAAAUGUAUGUCUGGAUAUGUAGUACAGGAUGACAUAGUGAUGGGGACCUUGACAGUCAGAGAAAAUUUAAUGUUUUCAGCAGCCCUUCGACUACCUUUAUCUAUGAGCAAAUAUGAAAAGAAUCAGAGGGUUGAACAGGUUCUCAAGGAACUGGAUUUGGUUAAAGUUGCAGAUACUAAGGUUGGCACCUAUUUUUCUCGUGGAGUUUCAGGGGGGGAAAGGAAAAGGACCAGCAUUGGAUUAGAACUCAUUACUAAUCCCAAAGUGUUAUUCUUAGAUGAACCAACAACAGGAUUGGAUGCUAGCACAGCCAAUGCUGUCCUGCUGCUCUUAAAAAGGAUGUCACUGCAAGGAAAGACGAUCAUUUUUUCAAUCCAUCAGCCCCGGUACUCUAUUUUCAAGUUGUUUGACAGCCUGACAUUACUUGCUGCUGGAAGGCUAUUGUAUCACGGGCCAGCUGACAAUGCGCUUCCCUAUUUCAAAAGUCUUGGUUUUGUGUGCGAACCAUAUAACAACCCUGCUGAUUUUUUUCUGGAUAUCAUCAAUGGGGAUUCCUCAGCGGUUGCAGCAAGUAAAAUGGCAAUUCAAAGUGCAGUUCUUGAGGUAACUGAGAGAGAACAGGAGACCAUUGCUGUAACAUUAGCAGUACAGUUUUCCAAAUGCAAUUUCUACAAAAAAUUGCUUGAAGAACUGGAUGUAAUGUCUAAGGAGCAGAAAAGACUGGGAACAAUGAUUAAAGGACUUCCAUAUUCCACUCCUUUUCUUCAUCAACUCAAGUGGCUGUCCAGGCGCACAUUUAAAAAUUUGAUAGGCAAUCCACAAAAUUCCACAGCCCAGAUAGCUAUUAUCACUGUCAUGGGAAUAAUUACUGGAGCUGUUUUUUCUGGUGUUAAAAACGAUGCAACUGGCAUUCAAAAUAGAGUUGGUGCAUUGUUCUUUUUGGCAACGAAUCAGGUUUUGAACAGUAUUACAACCGUUGAACUUUUUAUCACAGAAAAAAGGAUAUUUAUACAUGAAUAUAUAAGUGGCUAUUAUAGAGUGUCCGCAUAUUUCUUCUCAAAACUAAUAGCUGACAUGAUGCCCAUGAGGACUUUGCCAGGCAUCAUCCUCACCAGCUUGAAUUAUUUCACAAUAGGUUUCAAGCCAGUUUUGGCAUCCUUCUUUAUCAUGAUGCUUACUAUUAUAUUAAUUGCAUAUGCCUCUAGUUCUCUCGCUCUGGCAGUUGCAACAGGACAAAACAUCACAUCAGUUGCAAACCUCCUCAUUAAUAUUUGCUUUGUUUUUAUGAUUGUUUUUUCUGGUAUAUUGGUAAAUCUCACAACCAUUACACCUUCGUUAUUGUGGCUGGAGUACUUCAGUAUCCCUCGCUAUGGCCUCAAUGCUUUGCAAAUCAACGAAUUUACUGGACUCAGAUUUUGCAAUGAAACCCCAGAAGGGGUCAACGUAACAUGUGUUUCUACUACUGCAUUUACAGUAUGCACUGGAGAAGACUAUUUGGAAAUGCAAGGCAUUGGCACAACUGCUUGGGACUUGUGGCAGAAUCACGUUGCACUUACAUGUAUGACUAUCAUUUUUCUCACAUGUGCAUAUCUGAAAUUGAAAUUUCUGAAGAAGUAUACUUAG